GGAAGGAAGGAAGGAAGGAAGGAAGCGAGGAAGGAAGGAGUGGGGCAGCGGAGCCCGGCCCGGGGAUGAGAGCGGCCUCAGGGAGCGGAAAGAAUGUCGGAGCGGGCCGCGGAUGACGUCAGGGGGGAGCCGCGCCGAGCGGCGGCGGCGGCGGCGGCGGCGGGCGGAGCAGCGGCGGCGGCGGCCGCCCGGCAGCAGCAGCAGCAGCAGCAGCCGCAGCCGCAGCAGCAGCCGCAACCAGCCCAGCAGCCUCCGCAGCCCCAGCGGCAGCCGCCGCCGUCGCGGCGCCUACGGCCGGAGGACGGCGGCUCUGGCGCCGCCUCCACCUCGGCCGCCGCCGCCAUGGCGACUGUCGGGGAGUGCAGGCCCCUGCCCAGUCCCGAAGCGAUGCUGGGGCAGCCGUGGAGUCUGUGGGUCGAGGCUGCCAAACUUCCUGGGAAAGACGGGACGGAAUUGGAGGAAAGUUGCAAGGAGUUUGGGAAGAACCGCGAAGUCAUGGGGCUCUGUCGUGAAGACAUGCCAAUAUUUGGUCUCUGUCCAGCCCAUGAUGAUUUCUACUUGGUGGUGUGUAAUGACUGUAAUCAGGUUGUCAAACCACAGGCAUUUCAAUCACAUUAUGAAAGAAGACAUAGCUCAUCCAGCAAGUCUUCGUUGGCCACUCCUCCUACUUCAGUAUUUCCCUUCUUCCCCUCACUGUCCAAAAACAAAGGAGGCAGUAGCAGUGGAAACAGCCGUUCUUCCAGUGGAGCACCCUCAAUAAGUCCCAAGUUGUUGAAAUCACCCAAAGAGAAACUGCAGCCCAGGGGGAACACUAGGCCAAUGCAUCCCAUUCAUCCAAGUAGAGUACCCCAUGGUAGAAUAAUGACGCCCUCAGUCAAAGUGGAAAAAAUUCAUCCGAAGAUGGAUGGCACACUACUGAAAUCUGCGGUGGGGCCAACCUGUCCUGCUACUGUGAGUUCCUCAGUCAAGUCUGGCCUUAACUGCCCCUCAAUACCAAAGCCAAUCUUGCCUUCACCUGGACAGAUUCUGAAUGGCAAAGGGCUUCCUGCAACUCCUGCUCUGGAAAAGAAAUCCGAAGAGAAUUCCAAUAACAGGAAAUUUUUAAAUAAGAGAUUAUCAGAAAGAGAGUUCGAUCCUGACAUACACUGUGGGGUCAUAGAUCUCGACACCAAAAAGCCCUGCACCCGGUCUUUGACUUGCAAGACACAUUCCUUAACCCAUCGGAGGGCUGUUCAGGGUAGAAGAAAGCGAUUUGAUGUGUUAUUAGCUGAGCACAAAAACAAAACCAGGGAAAAGGAAUCAAUUCGUCAUCUGGACUCUCAGCAACCAACACAGCCUCUCAGGGACCCGCAUCCCAUCCCUUCUAGAACUUCACAGGAGCCACACCAAAACUCUCACGGAGUGAUUCCUUCUGAAUCAAAGCCUUUCGUAGCUAGUAAACCUAAACCUCACACCCCCAGUCUUCCAAGGCCUCCAGGCUGCCCUGCUCAGCAAGGUGGGAGUGCCCCCAUUGACCCUCCUUCAGUCCAUGAAUCUCCACACCCUCCCCUGCCUGCCACUGAGCCAGCUUCUCGGUUAUCCAGUGAGGAGGGAGAAGGCGAUGACAAAGAAGAGUCUGUUGAAAAACUGGACUGUCAUUAUUCAGGUCAUCAUCCUCAGCCAGCAUCUUUUUGCACAUUUGGGAGUCGACAAAUUGGAAGAGGCUAUUACGUGUUUGACUCCAGAUGGAAUCGGCUUCGCUGUGCCCUCAACCUCAUGGUGGAGAAGCAUCUGAACGCGCAGCUGUGGAAGAAAAUCCCACCAGUGCCCAGUACAUCACCUGUCUCUACACGCGUUCCUCACCGGACAAACUCUGUUCCAACAUCACAGUGUGGGGUCAACUAUCAGGCAGCAGCCACCAUGUCUACAUCCCCCGUCCUGCUCUCAUCCACCUGCAUCUCCCCAAAUAGCAAAUCGGUACCAGCUCAUGGAACUACACUAAAUGCACAGCCUUCCGUGUGUGGGGCAAUGGAUCCUGUGUGCAGUAUGCAAUCCAGACAAAUGUCCUCUUCAUCCUCAUCCCCUUCCACACCCUCUGGCCUUUCCUCAGUGCCCUCAUCCCCCAUGUCCAGGAAACCUCAGAAAUUGAAACCAAGCAAGUCUUUAAGGCCCAAGGAGUCUUCUGGUAACAGCACGAACUGUCACAAUGCCAGUAGCAGUACCAGUGGCGGCUCAGGAAAGAAGCGCAAAAGCAAUUCCCCAGUAUUUGUUCACUCUUCCUCCUCUUCUUCUCAUUCCAUGGAGUCCUUUAGGAAAAACUGUGUGGCUUACUCUGGGCCUUCAUACUCCUCAGUGAUAACAUCUUCCCAUGGUAUUGGCCUUAACUGUGUGGUAAAUAAAGCAAACUCAGUGAGUGUCCGGCACGACCAGUCAGGGAGGGGCCCCCCAGGUGGGAGCCCUGCCGAAUCCAUCAAGAGGAUGAGUGUCAUGGUAAACAGCAGUGAUUCCACGCUUUCUCUUGGGCCAUUCAUUCACCAGUCCAGUGAACUGCCUGUCAACUCCCACAGCAGUUUUUCACACUCACACACUCCUCUUGACAAAUUCAUAGGAAAGAAAAGGAAGUGUUCGCCCAGCUCAAGCAGUGUCAACAACAGCAGCAACAAGUCCACCAAGGUUGCCAAAUUGCCGUCCAUGAACAACAUCCACGUGAAACACACAGGCACCGGCCCAGGGGCACAAGGACUGACCAACAGUUCCCUCCUUCAUCAGACAAAGGCACGUCCCUGACAGCUGGAAACAGCAAGGGGAGGAAUAAAUCUGGACACUAUUGGCGACAAGUUACACCUCCAUUCAGCAUUCUGGACUCCACGAUGCCUUUGAGUCUGUUUUCCCAACCUCCUGUGGGCUUCAAGGGUAGAAAUCUUCCAGGCUGUUGUUUUAAGGAGGAUUUCCCUGAAGCUCUGUAGCAGUGAGUACUCAUAAAGGACACUGGAUUAAGUUCAGCCACCGAAUUACUUUUAUCAGUGUUAAAGUGGUCUGGACUGCUUGCUACCAAUCUGUGAGAUUUUGUUUUGUUUUUUAACUUGCAGUAUAUCAUGGAGCCACUCUUUGAUCAGACUGGCUGGGUGAAAGAAUGUUUUGACAGGAGCGUUACUGUGUAUUUUUCUGUCUCCCUCUUUUCCCUGCCCCAGUUCUUUUCUUUUUUUCUUUUCUUUUUUUUAUUUUCUUCUUCUUAACACUGUCUUCUGUAGGUUAUCCUCCAUCCUAACUGGACAGAGAGAUAGCUUACAGAGAAGAGACAGAGUUGCACUCUGUGUAAGCCUCAGGAGAAAGGGAUCUGUCAUUAGGUUUAUAUAGCAAUCUUUCAGGAAUGGCAUACCGGUGUUAGCACAAGGAUCAAUGACAGAAUAGCCCAGCCUUUUGUAAGUUUGGGAUGAGAAGCCGUCAGAAGUUUUUCACUUACAAAUUGGUUUAAAGCCAUUGAUGCCCAGAGAGCAAGUGUAUAUACUGUUUUAGAGGCUUACUUGUUGUGGUACAAAUCAAAUCUAUGUGAUUUUGGGAAAAGAAAGAAAGAAAAACAAUGCAAUUGCAAACUAGGUUUGACAAAGGGAAACCAAAUUUGGUGGAAGGAUAGAAAAAGUCGAAAUUUUUUUCCAAAAAAGUUGAAAUUUUCAUGUAUUUUUUCAUGUUAAAUGGUAUGGCAGAUUGGGUUGGCUGUCUUGCCCAGUUUCCUAUUUUCAAAAAAUUGCCAUUGUAAAGUAAAAUCAUUAGAUGCAACAGAAAUGUCCCUUUUCAGUCAUGACUAUUCAUAAUGUUUCUACUACACUCUGCAUUCAACUUCAGUCUUCUCUUUGGAUACUGUCCUGGACUAACUGUAAAUUUCUGCUUUGAGUACUCCCCAUAUUGUGUGUGUCUGCACUCCCCUUUCUGCCACUACAAAUAUUUAUUUUGAUGCCUCUUGGGGCAGGGAGCAGGCACUCAGGGAGGGGAGUCGCUGAGUGGUACAUGUACUCAUGCAAGGACAAUGUGACUGACACCUAUCUAGUAUUUCCUGAACACCCUCUAGGGGUUAAUGCCAGCCAUCUUCCUGAGAGUUUUGGAGACACUCCAGGAUAUUUUUUCUAUUAUCCCACCCCCAAAGAAAGAACUUAGGAAAUAUCAUUGCUGUAGAAGGUGUCAUUGACACUGGACAAUGAACUAGGGCUCUUCACAAAUGAUUCCACCAUCACAGUUUCUGAAACAAAACCAGGAACAUCUGCUGAGAACAACACACAGAGUUGCCGAACACAGGGUAAAUUUCCCAAGGCUCUGGUUAUAGGUCUUGAACAGGGACCUGGACAAAGCCAGUCAGUACAGCCGUUCCUUCCUCUACAAUUCAUGGGUUACAAACUUCAGUUUCAGGGAAUUUCAGCUCAAAAACAGGUAGAAUGAAAAAAUACUUGGUUACCAGCCUAAUAAUGUGAAUUGCUACAGAAUUAUUCUUAUUAUGUAAAGAAACAAAAACUUUAUGCAGAUUCUUUAGCUAGAAACUGAUGUAAAAUAAUGAAAUUUUUUUAAGGGAAGGGGGAGAACAGUAUCUUGUCCACUUAUUAUGCAAUGAAUUGGUAAAUAUUUUGAUGAUAAUAUAGGAGAGUUUAGAAAGGCAAGAGCAUGGAUGGGCCAAUUUGGUAUUAAGACAAAUCGAUCUGGUUGUUCCAUCCCAGUAGAAAGAGAGCAAGGAGGUAAGAGAAAAUCAGAGCGUAUUUAGUUGAUUCCUUGAUGACAAGUGCAAUGGGGUAUGGGUAGAAUUUAUUUUCAGAGCCAAGGGGACUUGAUGGUUAUAAAUAAAGUUGCUUUUAGCAAUGGAAUUUAUAAAGAGAUCAUGUUCCGAAAGAUGUGAAUAGGAUCCACGAUAGUGAUAGCAAGUUGAUUCUAAAUAAUGUAGAUAUUUAGAUUAGCGAGUGAUGAUCAUUUAAUUUCUUAGUCUGAAGUUUUAAUUAAAUUUCAAUUAGUCUCCCGGUAGUCCACAGAACAUCGGGAUUAGGAAAUUAGCCAUUUUGGAUUCUGCCUGCCACAAACAAGUUCUAAACAGUGCUAUUAAACUUUAGACUGUUGUUCAAAUAUUUUAUUUUCUCCUAUAACUACUUUUUAUUAUGCUGAACAGUUAAGACCAUUUAAAACACGGGAGUACAAGUAUUUUUUUGGAUUAAAUUAACUUGCAAAAACCAAAUUUGAAGUGGUAGGGUUGUUUCUAGACCGACUUUGGUAUCAAUUUAAAACCAAGAUAAUUUUUAUAUUCUUUCCAAUAGAAUUUCAUGACAAGUCCUGCAGUUUUCUUAACCUACAAAAAAAAAAAAAGUGCUGCAAUGAUGAACAAAGAAUUAUACAAAACCUACUUUUGUAUCUUUAUUUUGGAAUUUCUUGUUCUAUUAUAAAUAUGGAAGUAUCCCUAUUUCAGAAGACAUAUUUUGUUAAAAAUGAAUUGUACAUAUUUAAAUAUGUAUUUUUGCACAGGUCUUUUUUUCUGAUAUCCUGUUUUGGUACAAUUGAGAUCAUCUAGUAUUUAUUUAUUAAUUAAUAAAAGUAAAUACCUUUUUAUAAUUUGAAGUGGUUCACUGCCAAGCCAAUAGUUCUAGAACCUGCCUCCUUUACAGUUUAAGGGAUGCCUCUGUUCUGUGAAAGUCUUUUGUCCCUUUUAAUGUGUCGGGAGCGGAUUCAUCCAGAUGAAGUGGGCAUUGCUUCUCUCUCGUUGCCUGAUUUCCCGAUAGACUACAUGUAACUAAGUGACACACUGCUUUCCUUUUCGUUGGUGUUUUUUUAUGUGUGUGUGUUUAUGCGUGUACAUAUGUGCUCUUCUGCACAUAUGUUAUAGUAUGUGAUGAUGUGAUGUGGUUUAAAACUAAUGGAAAAAAUAAACUGAAAGUGCCUGAACCUAAUUUUAAGCUUAGACAGAAUCUCUUUAAAAAGACUUGAAUGUUCAGUUGAACUUUUGGAGUUUGCUUUUUCCACCUAAAUAUUGUUUCUAAAAUUUUAAGGGAGGAGUUGUAAACCACAAAAUGCUGGUGAUUUUAUAAGGUAUUUUAAAAUUAAGACCUUUUGGUUCAAGGUAAUUCAGCUGAUGAUGGAUUGCCUUGUGGCUCUAAAGGUUACCAGUCUUUUUUUUUAGCCAGCAACUUACACAAUGUCCGUUUUGUUAUUUACUCAUGAAAUACAGAGUUUAAGAUAGAAUAUUUAAAAUAUUUUGUAUUCCAAAAAUAUUAUGCAAAGUACCUCUGAGAACAUUGAAAAAUGUAUAAUUUGAAAAAUGUAACUUAUAAAGGCAGCUAUCUUCCUGCAAGAGUUCUGUUGCCAAUGAAUUUCUUAGUAAUCUCUUCUGUCCUGAGUUGGGGAGGGGGGUGGGAAUUUGGCUUUAGAAAAUGAUUGUUGAGAGUUUCGUUGUUUAGCAGAAAUUAAUCAUUUUUGCAUUUUGUGCGAACCAUUUUACAUCUUCAGAUUUUUUUAAUGAGCACUACAUACUGUCAGCGUGAAUGUAGGGCUUCUAAAGCAUUUUGCUGUUUUUUUGUCUUUUUUUUUUUUUAUGGUUAUAAAAGCAAUCUCCUGUGUUAAAAUGUGUGAAUAGGUUGAUAAUUUGUACACAUAAUCAAGAGCAUCUCAGCUGGACUUUGUGUUGGCUGCUGUAUAGAACAUGAACAAAUGUCAAGGGAUAGAAAAUUACUUUGGAUAUUUAAAAAAGAAGAAAUAUAUAGUCUAUUUGUUUUGUAACAAGUUUCUGUAAAUAAAAUAAUUUAUACUAUUUAUAAGAAAAA